AUGUCAAAUGUAACAUAUACUUGAUUAGGUAUGUUUCUAAGUUACAAGCAUGUCGAUACAAACAUAAAGGUGUAGCAUUCAGUAAAAGGUAAUUUCCAUGUGAAUUGAAAUUUUUCAAUCUACUACUGAUAAAUAAUGAUACUGAGUAGAGCAAAACCAGCAAUUUCAGUGAACAAUGAGUCUUCGAAAGAUUUUGGUAGAGGUAAUUUAUCGAAAAAUAGUUCACAGUUUGACUUUUAUUUACAAAAACGUGACUAUGCAGGUGCCAUCACCUUACUGGAGUACAAACAGUGCACAGGUAGAAAUGAUUCUGAAGAACAGUGGAUGGCAUUUUGUGCCUUUCAUAGAGGCGAUUAUAAAAAGGCACUGAAUAUUUAUCAAGAUCACAUGAAAAAUGAUUAUGAUAUUGAACAUUCGCUUUUGAAUACAGCUUGCUGUUAUUUUUAUUUGGGGAUGUAUGAUGAUUCUAAAGAGAUUUUGAAGAAAGCUCCAUCUAGUGGUCUUAAAACAAGACUUAAUUUUCAUCUGUCACACAAGUUGCGAGACGAAGCCACUCUGAUGGAAUAUCAUCAACAAUUGCAAGAUGUUCUGGAAGAUCAACUCAGUCUUGCAGCUAUUCAUUAUCUGAGAGCUCAUUAUCAAGAAGCUAUCGACAUAUAUAAAAGAUUGCUUCUUCAAAACAGGGAGAAUAUAGCCUUGAAUGUAUACGUAGCUCUUUGCUAUUAUAAACUGGAUUAUUAUGAUGUAUCUCAAGAAGUUUUAGGGAUGUACCUGAAUCAAUACUCCGACUCUGUAAUUGCUACCAACUUGAAGGCUUGCAACACCUUCCGUCUUUAUAAUGGUACAUCUGCUGAAAAUGAACUAAGAACCAUUAUAGAUCAAAGUGCCAACGUAGGCUUUGGAUAUGAUCUACUGAAACACAACUUGGUAGUUUUUAGAGAUGGAGAAGGUGCUAUGCAGGUUUUCCCAUCAUUGGUAGAUGUAGUACCAGAAGCAAGAUUGAACUUAGUAAUUCAUCAUCUUCGAAACAAUGAUAUCAAAGAAGCAUUUGAUCUGUUGAAAGACCUACAACCUGCAGUACCACAAGAAUAUAUUUUGAAAGGAGUUGUUAAUGCUGCACUUGGUCAAGAAUUGAAUUUGCCUGAACAUGUGAAAGUAGCAGAAGAGUGUUUUCACUUAGUUGGGAGUUCAACCAGCGAAUGCGAUACGAUUCAUGGAAGGCAGUGUAUGGCAGCUGCUUUCUUUCUCGCAGGACAGUUCGAGGAAGUGUUAGUUUAUUUAACUUCUAUCAAGAGCUAUCUUCAUUCAGACGAUACGUUCAACUUCAACUUCGCCCAAGCCAAAACUGCGUGUAAUCAAUUCAAAGAGGCGGAAGAAACAUUUCUUCUGAUUCAAGAUUCUCAUAUCAAAAAUGACUACGUGUACAUUUCCAAUCUAGCAAGAUGCUUCAUUAUGAAUCAGAAACCACGACAGGCAUGGGAAUUAUAUCAGAGAACGGAAAGUGGUCCAGAGAGUUUCAAUUUGUUGUUACUCAUUGCAAACGAUUGUUACCGCAUGGGGGAGUUUUGGUAUGCAGCGAAAGCUUUUGACUCUCUCGAUAAAUUGGAGCCAAAUCCUGAAUUUUGGGAAGGAAAAAGGGGAGCCAUUGUUGGAGUGUUUCAGGGAGUGGUUGCCCAGAAGUUUCCGGUGGAUAUACUAGGGGAUAUUUUGCAGCUCCUACGAAGUAGUACCUCCAAUCAAGCCGAUCAAAUAGCAAAUGUUAUCAGGAAAUGGUCUAAAGAGAAACGUUUGAGUAUCAAUUGAUCAAUAAAUUCAUAAUAAUUUUUGUUCUAGUGCUACAAAGUUAAACUUGACUAACAAAUAAAUUUCUUUAUCUAUUAAUGGAAAUAUCGAUUAUAUUUAUUCUAAGAAAUCCUAAUAACAUUUUCACCUAUUUCAAUACAUUAUCUGACUCUCUGAUUAUAUUAUUAUAUUCCUAGAUUACAUUUCAUUGAUAAACAA